CUUCAAUUGUGUGUAGCGUGUACGCACGACGUACGUUCAAAUUAGGACAUUUUGCUCAAAUAUCCAUCACAACAAAUAACAAUCAUUUUCGUCAUUUGUUUAGAAAAUCGAUUUUUACUCAUUGUACAUACGUUAUAGCAAGUGUGUAGUUUACUACCAACAGUGAUUUUACAAUGCCUUACGAUAUUCCAAAAAAUGUUUCAAAAAUUUAUAUUCAUACUGGAAAUGUGUUAAAUGCUAAUGAAUUGACACAAAAGGCUGGUCAAAAUGCAACUGAAGAGGUAGUUGAAUGUUUAAACAUUUGUCUGUCCAAGUAUCCAUCACCAUUUGCAUUGAACGAAAAUAAUGUACACUUAAAAUGUGAUGAGUGCUACAACACCGACAAUGAAGAAGAUUUAGCUCUCAGAACAAGUGUCAAAAUUUUUCUAACAACAAACGAAGUGGAUGUAUUGGAAGAUUCGUUAAAAAACCUUUUUAAAGAAUUGAACGACGAGGUUGUAGAUUCUGUAAUCUUAGCAUUUAAUCAUGGUAAAGAUACCUUGUUAGCAGAUCUAUUAACUCUGUGGUCAAUACUUGAAGGAUAUGUUAACAAACAGAAAAUCACUCGUAUAGGUGUGAGUGACAUUGACACAGAUCUGUUCAUUUCUUUGUACAAUAACUCAAUUAUUAAGCCAACAAUUGUACAAAUUAAUUUGAACUCUUGUUGUGUUGUACCAGAAGCCCUUCAAGAAUUUACUAAAGAUAAUGAAAUACAGUUAUUGACACACAGUGAUUCAAAAGAAAUUUUACCCCAAUCGUGCUUAGCUGAAAUUUUUGGUCACCAAACUGAACUAAAACAAAAAAUACCUAAGCUCGAAUGGAUGAUAAGAUAUCUAACUCAUGUUAAGUGCAGAGGAGUGUUAGCAAAUAAAGGAUACAUAGUAUGUCUUAAAAGAUCAUAGAAUGAAUCUACAUGUUUAGAAGGCAAAUCAUGAUGUAUACACACAUUUUUUUUAUUAUUGAAAAAGUUUAUGAAUUUUAUACUUUUUUCUUCGAACAAACUAAAAUUGUUACUAAACAAAUUUAAAUAAAUUGUUAUCAUAAUAUUUUUUUACUCUUGUGAAGACAUCUUAAGUCUACAACUUAUACAACUGUUGUAACCUUGUUAAAGUUAUGAUAGUUACACAUUUUUAUAAAUUAUAUAACUAUCCUAAAUGUUAAUAAACCUAAACAUAAAAAUGAAUAAAUAAUUAUUUAAUUUUAUAUUCAAUAUAUUAACACUGAAUUAACACUGCAUAAUUUUUUAUUACAAAUAAAUUGCUGGUUAGAUAUUAUUGUAGAGUAAAAUAUCACUUUAUUAAAAUUAAUAUAAAUGUUAAUUAUUUUUUCUAAAUUAUUUUAAGCAAACACAUUAAUUUAAUAAUUUAAAAAAUGUCGACCGGCUUUACUUACAACUAAAAAUAUUGAAAUGAAAACAAUUAAAUAUGUUUAAUUUUUUACAAUUGAAAUUCUAUCUAAAAGUUAAAUUUUACUCGAAUAACUGAAAAAUGUUUAUGAAAUUUAUGUUUAUAAGUUUAAUAAUUGUUACUUUUACGAAAGCUUACUUAUGUGAUAAAACAUCAACUUAGUGUUGGCACUUUGUAUAUUAUGUCUUGAUCAAUAAUACAAUUCAUACUGUAUACUGUUAAUCUGUAUUCUAUCAAUAAAUUAUACAUUUGUAGGGUACUCAUAAGAUAAAAUGUAUUAAGAGAGAAGAUUUAUUAAUAUAACUUAUGUAAAUUACAAAAUUAUGGUUUAUAGCAUGCUAAUUAAAGACCAAUAGCAUAACGCAAUAUAUUGAAUACCUAUACAGAUUUGUUGAGUAAAUAAAAUUGUAAUACAUUUGUUAUACAUUUUUAUAAAAGUGAAUUAUCUGUUUUUGACCAAUAUAUUAAACAUAAGGGUAGUGUAGCACAUUAUAUUAUUAUUGUAUAAGAAUAAAUAUUGCAUUUUUUAAA